UAUAAAUACAUUCAGAAUGCAGAUUGUGGCUUUUUUUUUUUUUUUGGACAUGGCUAAUGCAAGGAUUUGUUUUAUUUUAUUAACCAUGUUUGCAACAGUAGUUUUGGAUUUUUUUUUUCUUUCUCAAUUGGGCAAGGGGCAUAGAUGGGAAGGAGAGAAGGCAUGUUUUUAUCGAAAAGAAUCCAAUUAUAGAAAAAAAAAAAGUGAUUGGAAGGAUGAGUAAAAGACUUUUCAGGAGUCAAAAGAUUUUAUCAAGAUUCCCUUAGUAAAGAUUACUAUGCUAGGGAUGCCUAAAACCCAAGUCCUAAAGAAGAGAUCGAUUCCAAAGUAUCAACAAACAAAGCCUCCAAGAAAAAAUAGGGCUUGGCAACAAAUUUAUUCUUGUUUCUAAAAAUCUAGAAUUCUUGACAAAAUCAAUAAUUUUAGUUUUAUAAAUGAAAUGGGUAUGCUAGAGGAAAGAAUUGGAAAAUUAGAGCUUUUGGAGUUUAAAAUUCAAUUAUAACAGGGAAAAGAUACAGGGGAUCCUUAUCAAAUAUUUCCUUAUGCUGGGAACAGAAAGGCAAAAAGGCGACCCAUGCCACCACGGAGCAAGGAGAAAACAGUCACACUGUACUAAGGAGAUACAAUCAGGAGAAAAUGGGGAGCCAGGCGUGCGCAGCGCAGCCCCGGUGAGGAUAAGAAGGCAGAGAUGGAGCAGGGGAGGCGCCGCCCACGCAGGGUCUGGCAGGAGCAGCAUUCAGAGGUUCGGGAUGCGCAGGCGCAAAACCCUCUCAGGCCUGGAAGUCCGUUGUCUUUGUCCAUUCUGGAGUCGGCGUGGUAGGAACUGAUCUUCCUGAAAUUACUAUUGAUGGCUUGUUCACUUUCUGGCCAUGUGUGUUCCUGCAUCUCUUGCUUUUCUUUACUGGACUCUAAAGGCCUAAUUUUGAAUCAAAGGCUACUAGGUCUCCCCUGCUUGACCCAGCUCUAUCUCUUCCUCCCACUCCCCACCCCCAUCAGCAGUCCAAGUCUGGACUCCAGGACCAAAUUUCUGUUAGGUGAUGAAUAUUGACAGCUAAAGAGAAGUUAAGUUGUCUCUGAUCUCCCAAACACUAAAAAAAAAAAAAAAAAAAAAAACAUCCCUGAGCACCGAGGUGGAAGCGACCAACUUAUGGAGUAGAGUCCAUCCUAGUAGGAAAGAAAAGUUAUAGCUCCUCAGAGCCCCUGGACAGAGACAAGAGAUUCAUAGAAGAGAACAGAUCCUGGAGCUCAGAGAAAUCAAGAUUCAAGUCCAUCAGCAGAAUCCAAAGAGGUGAUUGACCAUGGAGAAGUCAACUCAAGUGAUUGAGGAGGAAGCUCAGUCUUCUCAGGACUUUUCCUUUCCCCAAGAAAAGAACACCCAAGAGGUAGAAUCAGCUGCUCUUCAACUGACAGCCAGGUCUCAUGAAUCAGUGACUUUCAAAGAUGUGGCCAUGGACUUCACCCCAGAGGAAUGGGGACAGCUGGAUCCUGCUCAGAGGGAUGUCAUGCUGGAGAACUAUAGGAACCUGGUCUCUUUGUGGCUUCCAGUUUCCAAACCUGAUGGGAAUUCUAAUUUUGAUCAAGGAGAAAAUCAAUGGAUGAUGGAGAAAAAAGUCCCAAGAGGCAACUGUUCAGACUGGGAUACUAGGUCUGAAAGCAGAGAGUCAGCUUCAGUACAGGAAAUCUCUGAAGAGGAAUCAUCACAAAGGGUGGUGGUGAGAAGAGUCACAGAGGAUGAUGUUUCCAACUUGGAAGAAUGUGAGGACUGGUUAGAGAGGCAACAGGAAAAUGAGAGACAUUUAAGGCAAGUGACAGUUGUCCACAAGAAAAACCUUACUAAGGAGAGAGACUUUGAAUGUAAUACAUACUGGAAAAGUUUUAGUCAGAAGUCAAUUAUUGUUAGUCAAGAAAAAGUUCCUAUAGGACAGAAAUUGGGUAAUUUUGAAAGAAGGACCUUCAAACAAAGCUCAAACCUAAUGAAAAAUCAGAGACUCUACAAGGAGAAAAAAGCUUGUAAGUGUAAUGAAUGUGGAGAAUCCUUUAGUUACCAUUCAGUGCUUAUUCGGCAUCAAAGAAUUCAUACUGGAGAGAAACCAUAUACAUGCAGUAAUUGUGGAAAAGCCUUCAGCCACAAAGCUAACCUCAAAAAGCAUUUGAAAACUCAUAGUAGGUCAAGACUCUAUACAUGCAAUGCAUGUGGAAAAACUUUUACUGAGAGCUCAGCUUUUUCUGAACAUCAGAAAACACAUAUUGGAGAGAGACCUUAUGAAUGUAAUGAAUGUGGGAAGGCCUUCAGUCGGACUUCACAUCUUAUUCAGCAUAAGAUGAUUCAUACUGGAGAGAAGCCCUAUCAAUGUAAUGAAUGUGACAAAGCCUUCAUUCAUUCCUCAGCUCUUAUUAAGCAUCAAAGAACUCAUACUGGUGAGAAACCCUACACAUGUAAUGAAUGUGGGAAAGCAUUCAGUCAUUGCUCAUCCCUUACUAAACAUCAGAGAGUUCAUACUGGGGAAAAACCCUAUGAAUGUAAUGAAUGUGGGAAGACCUUUAGUCAGAGUACACACCUCGUUCAACAUCAGAGAAUUCAUACUGGAGAGAAACCUUAUGAAUGCAAUGAAUGUGGGAAAACCUUCAGUAGAAGUUCAAACUUUGCUAAACAUCAGAGAAUUCAUAGUGGAAAGAAACCCUAUGAAUGUAACGAAUGUGGCAAAGCUUUCAUUCAUUCAUCAGCACUUAUUCAACAUCAGAAAACUCACACUGGAGAAAAACCCUAUAGAUGUAAUGAAUGUAUGAAAACUUUCAAGUGUAGUUCCUCUCUUCUUAGACAUCAGAGACUCCAUACAGGGGAGUAAGCCCUAGAAAGUAAUAAUUCAGAGAAACCUUAGAAUCCUAAGUAGAACAUAAGCUCCUUGAGAACAGGGAAUGUUUAGUUUUUGGUCUCUAUUCCUACAAUAUGGCAAUCUACCCAGGCAAUACAGUGCCUGGGAUAUAGCAGGUGCUUAAUAAAUACUUGUGGGGUUGAACUUGUCAUUUUGUUGAAUAUUUUUACAAUCAGGGAAGGAAAUCCAUAAAAUAUUGAAAGUUUUUUGAGGCAAAACUUUAUAUACUUGUUACUUUAUUUGUGCAGUACAUUGUCCAGGUGAUGGGUAUUUGUCGUUUAAUAAAUAUUUGUUGAUUAAUCGCUGAUAACAUCAAAAGUUCCUGUGUUCUCAGGAAAUACAUAUUAAAGAAAAUCUUACAAAUAAAUAGGAAGUUUACUGCCCAAGUCAAGCAUCAUUUACUUUAAAGAAUGGAAAAAUUGGGCUGAGCAACUAAAAAUUCAGUCCUUAUAUUCUUCCUUGUCCUCAAAUCUGAAGAAGACAAGGAUUGUAGGCAGUAUUUUUCUCUUGGGCUUGAAGUCAUGAAGUCAUGAAAUGAUCAUACAAUAAUAGCGUCUUACAUACCAUCACCACCACUAUUCCCUCAACUAAGAAAUAGCUGAGGUCCUGGAAACAAUUUUACAUCAAAUUUCCUAUAAUUUUACUUUUUGUUUUCACUUCAGAAAAGUCUAUUUCAUUAUAACACUUGUGGAUUAUCCUUCAUAACCUGCAACAUUGUGAUUAGGGGGAACUAAAUCAGUAUAAGGGAAAGGACCUGGAGAGAGAUUAAGGAGUUCAGGGCAGGGAAAAGAGUGCAUUGAAUUUACUGCUUUGGACCUGUGACACAUGGCAAGAACUUGACAUCAAAGUCUGUGUCCAAGAAAAUCAACAUAAGAUGGCUUUGUCUUAGAUGGAAAUGAAGUGCUCCUUGUCCUGUAUCUGGUUUCCUCAAUCAAAAGAUUCUGUUGAUGUACUAGUGUGGAAGUCACCUCAGAUCCUUUUGACUUUAGGAAAAUAACAAAUCAAAUGAGCUGACUUAGUCUUUUGUUACAGGUGCAAUCUGCUAGUGGCUGCUAGGUGUUACGGGAGCCAUUACUGGAUCUAUUCUUCCUUUCCUUCCCUACAGGUUACCAAAGGAAUUCUCCUGGGAGGAUCCUACUCACAAAUAGCACUGCAGCUUCUUUAUUUCUUGUGUUUCUUGUGUUCAGGUUCCAUUUGUUAUAGGAGCCAUCUGCUAGUGUUUGCUAGCAAUCUAAUUCUGACCAGCAGAAUAAACCCUUCAUGUGAGAGGAUGAUAACGAUACAAGGAGACUGAGAGGCAGUUUCAUUCUCUGACCUCUCUCCUCUUCUCUCUUGCUUCCAAUUUAUUUCAUUCCCAAUUCACAAGCAACAUCUGCGUCAGUAAAGGUUGACUUGUAAUUCCUUAUGAUUCACACCUGUGGGGGCUUUCAGAGAAUCAGUCUGCUCCUUCACACUUAGGCAUGUUCUUCACAGCCCUUCAACAUUAUUUCCUUCCUUUGGCCAAAAAUUUGCUUUAUUUUUUAAAGACAUAUUAAAUCUUUUUCUUUUUGCAUCGCUAUCAUAUGUAAAAACCUUACAUUAAUAAGGUAACCUCCCUCAACUUAGUCUUUACAACAUGACCACAUUCUCUCUCCCUUUAUCCUUCUACCACUUUUGUUUCAUCAAUUUACUCCACCCUCCAAACCAUGCUAUCAACUUACUUUACCUUCUAAUUGUUUUCUUACUUACCUUGCCUUUCUUAAAUGUACCUCUUUUGCAUCUUGCUUGAUUCUCCUUAAUCACCCUUAAUUCUUUAAUAUCUUCUUUAAUUGUUCCUGAUACUACAAUUUCAAUCCAGAACUAGAAUAUGAACAAGUAUUUGGGCUGGAAGUUGUUACCCAAAUGUUUCCAAAUUUCUGUUCCCUAAAUUCAACCCCUGACCUACAUUACUGGUCCCUCCAAGUCACCUGAACUAUCUUUGAAUGUUUUAAGUUCUUUCUUUUCCUGAUCCAUUUUCCACAGAAGUUGGAGAUAAAACAAGCUGAAAAAUAUCCAGACCUGGGCAAACAGGGUGGUGAGCCCACGUUAUAAAAAUUUAGUAAUCACAGUUGAAGAAAGCAGAGAAGUUUAUUCUAGCAAGUAGAAGUUCUAGAGGAAGACAUGGUAGAUUGUAUUAAGUGUUUGAAGGGCUUUCUGGCCCUUAGAAUUAGAUUUAUUCUAUUUGGCCCUAGAGAGUAGAACUAAGGAUAUAUACAAAUUCAAUAUAUGCAUACAUAUUUGUACAAUUAUCUUGCUGCACAAGACAAAAUCUGAUCAAAAAGGGAAAAAAAUAAAAAAAAAUAAAAUUCAAGCAACAACAAAAGUGAAAA